AUGAAUAUUGAAAAUUUCGAAUAUUAUACUUUGUACUCCAUCUUACCGCUUCAAUCGUCCGACAGUACUGUGAUUAAAUUCGUCGUUCGUUUCCAUCGUAUUUAUCCAUGGGUAUUACUCCCAUUUGGUUUUAUUGGUUCUCUUUUAACAAUAUUAAUAUUUACAAGAAAAAAAUUUCAAAGAUUUGGCUGCUCAAUAUUAUUUGUUGCAGAAAGUUUUAUGGAUUUGUUAUUAAUUACAAUAAAUUGUAUUCAUCUUAUUAUACUUUAUACAUUUAAAUCUUUUUUUUUUCAACGCUAUUUGUACUUAUUUCGAAUCUAUAAAUUUUUAACCAAUUACUGUUCUCAUUGUGCGGUUUGGAUUUUAUGUGUCAUAUCUCUUGAACGAGCUGCUGUCACACGAAGUUUGGUUUGGAAUCAAAAUGUUUUCAAUCAUAAACAUUCAUAUUGCAUAUUAAUUAUAAUCUAUACAGUAUUAUUUUUCUUCAAUCUACAUUAUUUAAUAUUUUAUGGUCCUGAACAAAGACAAUCUUGUCGAUUUAACAAUAAUCAAACAGAAAAAAGAUUAUUGGCCAUGUGCAAAUCGCAUGUAAUUAGAUCUUCAACUGGUGUAUAUGAUGAUUUUUUAAAAUUUUAUUUUACUUGGAUGGAUUUUAUAAUAAAUUCUUUAAUACCAUUUAUGAUAAUUCUAUUAGCUAAUGCAACUGUUAUGUACUCUGUAUGUAAACAAAAAACAUCAAUGAGACAGUUAGGUGUACGGCAAACACGUUCAGCACGUGAAACACAAUUAGCAUAUAUCUUAUUUGCUUCAACGUUACUUUUUGUUUUAUUAACAUUUCCAUUACGAGUUUUUUCCCUGAUUGAACCUCGCCUGCAUUAUGAAAAAGAAUAUUUAAUUCUAUUAGAUGGUAUCAUGAGAUUUCUAUUAUAUCUUGAUCACGGCUGUGGAUUUUAUUUGUAUACAUUUACUGGCGAAUUAUUUCGCCGUGAAUUUAAAAAAUUUUCAAAUGACUUUUUAUAUCUGAUUUUUCGACGACAUUUUUUUAAUUGGUCAUCCAUUGAAUCACGACGUCAGAGUGAUUCAAAUGGUGGUGCUGUUAUUGUGCAUAUAAUUUAUUCGCAUUCGCAACAGCCACAACAACAUGGCCAAAGUAUAUUACAAGACUCAACAAACAAUUGUGGACCGAUCAAAUUAUCUUUGCAGGAAUUAGAACUAAAGAAGACUUUUUAUGGGCAAGCAUUUCAUCCACAUUGCACCUAUGCAAGACAGCGUUCGAACCGCUCUUUUUCAACAUCAUCAUCACAGGAAACAGUUAGUCCUAAUACAGGACAACAAAAUUUACUUAGUAUUACGACUGAUGAGAAUAAUCAUAUGGGUGUUUUUAAACGGCAUAGCUCAUAUUGUCUUGAAUCACAUUAUCCACACCUAAUUGUACCAUUGACAUCAUCAAAUAAUCUACAUCGAAAAAGCGAUAUAUUUUAG